AUGGUCCCCCACUCUGAGAAUGCCCCCGUUCGCGCAUCGGGGCUGCGGCCCCCAAGUCGCAUCCCAGCAACUACUGGACUGCUAGAGAUGUCGGCCUCUGACAACAAUGCCCGCGCAAUCCCUCCUCCCGCCAACCUGCUCAAGCACAAAGGCUCGGCCUUACCUGAACCUGCUCCUAAGAGAAAAACCUUGGCCGAACGCGCUGGCGAGCCUCCUGCUCGUUCUACCAACACCACAUCCCGAGUCGUGAAGCGCUCCAACACGACAAAUGCUCUGCGCAAAACCUCCGCUAAUCACACAACCUCAUCAAUUCGCCCUGCCUCCGCCGCCGCUACCCACCGAACCAAUUCCGCCCUUCCUCGAACCGGCUCCCGCAGUGCUCUGGCUGCUCGCCCUACCUCGAUCGCACAGGAGGACGAUGAUGAAGAUCUGUCCUCCUCGAGCAUUCUCCCAAACAAGCGCAAGGCAUGGGACACCAAAGGUCGCCUCGAAGACAUGGAGACCCUCUACUCCCAACUCAAAUCGCAACUCGAUUCCGCCGCUACCGAAAAAUCUGGUAUGGAGGAAGGCAUAUCCAUAUACAAGGCUCGCAUAUCUGAGAUGGAGCAAAUUCGCCUGCAACUCUCGACCGCCAACCAAACACUGACCACCGAGCUCGCCGAGACCAAAAUUAAAUUGUCGUCAAUCAAUACGCAACUUGACGACUUGAAACGCAGUCACUCAUUUGAGAUUGAUGAUCUGCGACGAAAAAACCGAAAUGAUAUCGAGGAUGCCAAAGACGAUCAUCGCAAGGAGCUUGAACGUCUGCAGCGUGAAGCAAGAGAUGAACUUGAUCGAGUCAGGAAGGACGCCCAGGAAGAAGCCGACAGAGCGAACAAAACACGAAGGGAAGAGGUAGCUGAGAAAGAACGCGAACUCAGGGCAGAACUCGAUGAAGAGAGAAGCCGCAGACUUCGCGAAAUUCAAGAGCUCACAACACAAUUCAGCAUGCAAAAGCUGACGGCUGAAAACGAUGUUACGCAGAAAGAUCGCGAACUGCAGAACCUGCGAACAGAGCUCAACGAAGUCAAGGCCAAUCUAGAAUCAUCAAAUGCACUGAAUGUCAACUUGAAGGAAAAGUUGACCGAAGCCUCGACAAACACCCUCACCCUCGAAACUUCAAUGCGCGCCAUGAAAGCGAAGAUUGAUUUCCUAGAGUCCGACAACCAAGCACAAUCGCAAGCCUUCCAGGACCUCAACCAAAAAAUGUUGGAUGCUCAAGCUGUGGCUGCUGAGGCGAAAGAGAAGCUUCGUCAGGAGGAAACUUUGCGAAGGAAACUGCACAACCAAGUUCAAGAGCUCAAGGGCAACAUUCGUGUCUUCUGUCGUGUUCGUCCCGCGCUAGGCGACGAGGAGACCAAAAAAGCAGAGCUAACUUUCCCCGACGCCGAUACAGACAGCAAAGAGGUGGUUGUGCAAGGUCCGGAUCAGAAGAGCGCUAUGGGAACUGUUACCAAGGCCAACAACAACUUCUCAUUUGACCGAGUGUUUGGACCAUCCUCACAAAAUGGCGAAAUCUUCGAUGAGAUUAGCCAGCUCGUUCAAAGUGCGCUCGAUGGAUACAAUGUCUGCAUCUUCUGUUACGGCCAAACUGGAUCAGGAAAAACUCACACCAUGUCUUCAGCCGAUGGCAUGAUUCCAAGCGCUGUAACUCAAAUCUACGAGACAGCCAAGAGUUUAGAAGAUAAGGGUUGGUCCUACUCCAUGGAAGGCAGCUUUGUCGAAGUAUACAACGAGACUGUGAAUGACCUUCUUGGAAAGGCGGAAGAUUGGAACAACAAGAAGCACGAAAUCCGUCAAGAUCCGGUCAAACUCAGGACCACAAUCACCGAUGUGACAACAGUCGAUUUGGACUCGCCUUCACGUGUAAAUGCUAUUUUGGACCAGGCCAACCGCAACAGACGUGUUGCCGCUACUCAAGCCAACUCGCGCUCGUCACGCAGUCACUCGGUCUUCAUUCUCAGGCUUAUUGGUGAGAACUCGACUACCGGAGAACGUUCUGAGGGCACCCUCAACCUCGUCGACUUGGCAGGCAGUGAGCGUCUUGCUCACAGUCAAGUAUCAGGCGACCGCUUGAAGGAAACUCAGAACAUCAACAAGAGUCUGAGUUGUUUGGGCGAUGUGAUCAGUGCUCUAGGAUCUGGCAAGGAUGCGAAGCACAUCCCGUAUCGCAACAGCAAAUUGACUUACCUCUUGCAAUAUUCGCUGGGCGGAAACAGCAAGACAUUGAUGUUUGUGAUGGUCAGUCCUUUACAAGCCCAUCUGUCUGAGACCUUGACCAGUCUCAAAUUUGCUACCAAGGUGCAUAACACUCACAUUGGAACUGCGAAGAGACAAGCGAAGGUCAAGGAUUAG